CAGGCUUGCCCCAUGGGCCAGGCUGUUUGCAGUUCCAGGAGCUUCCUUUCUCAGCUCAUGUGCAUUGGGUCCCUGCGCUUCUCUGCUGACCUUGACAGUGCUGGGGAUGCAGCAUGACCAAGGUAGUCUUAUCCCCAGUUUUCCCCAAGCUCCCGUUCUAUAGGGGACAUGCACUUUGUCAUCUGAAAGUGGCAGCAUCAGGCAAGGGAUUUAGCUCAGUGGCAACACACCUGCCUGGCAAGUGCAAGGUCCUGAGUUUGAUUCCCAGCACUGGGGAGAAAAAAAAAAACAUCAAUAAAGUGACAGCAUAGAGAUGGGGGGAGGACAGGAGUGAGCUUUGGGAUUGCAUCCCCAUGGCCUCUUGUCCUCUCAGCAGCUUCAUUUCUCAACUCAGGCCCCACUUUCCUCACAGGAGCUCUGAACUUUGUGAAGGGGAGUGGAGGAGGCGGGAGAAUCACCCAUGAGUUUGAGGCCAGCCUGAGCUACAUAGCAAGACCCUGUCUCAGAAAAAGAAAAAAUAGGGAAGUUGACGCGAGCUGUGAUGUGGAGCAUGUGAACAUGAGCUAGGGCCAGAGUUAGCUAAAAGGAACCCUGCUCCAGAAGAGAACAGCGAGACCUUCGGUACUCUAGGAAGAUACCUUCGGCCCUUUGCCGCAGGUGCAUGUGUUGGGUGAUAGCGCCCUCUGGUGACCUCCUGGUGUGCCUACCGUUGUACUUAUAUCUGCGUAGUUUGGCAGACCAGGCCCUCAAAGCCUUCACAUCUCUGGAUCUCGUAAAUAAGUUCUGUUCUCAGCCAGUGUCUGGGUUCUUACACAAGCCUUCUCAGAUCUCCAGUCCCUUACCUUGAUCCCCUGGCUCAAUCCCUGGAGGACAACGGAGCUCAAGCCAUUUUAAUAAGACUUAGGAGGCCCUGCAUGGCCUGGUACCUGGUGAUCUCGAAGGCUUUCAUCUCUGUGCUCCCUAUUUCACAUUCAGAUCAGUGGUUCUUUCAUUUGAAGGCCAUAAAUCUCUUUUGGAACUUAGAAUGCCAUGAACUUCUGCUUCGUACAUGUACUUAACAGUUUUAUCUAAAGAUUAGUGAGACUCCGAAGUCCUUCACAGCCCAAUCAUGGCCUUCAAGCUAGAACCCCUUUCUACUCCCUGACCAUUCUGAAGUGCUUGCCACAACCAGAACUAUUCCAUGCCAGCUAUCCUCCCUGAAACCCUAAGGAACUCUGCUCAUCCUUCAGAUCUCAGCCUAGGCUUCCUUUCCAGAAAAUCGUCUCCAGCCCAGUCUGGAGUAAGUAGAACCCCCGAUCCCCCAGGUCCAUCAGAGGCCUGGCCACCCUGUCGCUGGCGACAUGUCUGUCUACUCUUCAAAUCAGGACCACAGUUUUUCCUCCAAAUGUGCAUUACGUCCAGGAUGUGCGAACACAAAAGUGGGAAGUUCUAUCCUUGAUCUCACCACCCAUCUCAUGCCACCUGAGGACUGAUGACAAGAGUUAAGUCUUACUAACUACUACUUGUGGUAAAGAAAUGAAGGUGAUAGAAUUCUAAAAAUGAGCAAAACCUUGAGUCUGAUAGCUCUGUGUAGUGGAAGGUGGUCACUCGACCAUCCAUUCUCAAUAUUAAGCACGUCAGGAGCUAGAGUAAUAGCAACGAACAAAUAAGCCAUGGUUGGGGUCUUCCCUAAUUUUCCAUCUUCAGAUAGGAGAGGCUGAAGUUUCAUCUCGGCGUCCUUUGCUUCCUGGCUGUGGAGGGUGGGGCCCAGGAGAGCACGCAUGCGCAUAGGCAGGUCCGCUUCGAGCCGGAACUUUAGUGCCUGGGCGCAGUGGAGCGAACGACCCCUUGGAGCGUGCGCAGACGGAAGUGGCUAUUCAGUGCGCUGGGUCGACGUCGGUGAGCGGGGCUCACUGAGGCAGUUGACAAGUCAGAGAGAUUCAGGAUGGAGGCUGUGGCGGCGGCGGCAGCGAAGGCCAAGGAACCCAAUGAGGGUGAGAUGUUGACCACGCAGACAUAUCAAGAGGGCUGCAUGGAGCCCAGAACUGGGCAUUGGGGGGAGCUGAACCAGAUACCAGUUCCAUCUAAACCCCAGGACAUAGUGAAAGUGAUGGAGAGCACACCAGAGGCCCUGGACAGUGACACCCCCAGAACUGAGAAUGCGGCAGUUAGUGCCAUGCUACAUGCUGUGGCUGCCAGCCGCCUGCCUGUGUGCAGCCAGCAGCAAGGUGAGCCUGACCUGACAGAGCAAGAGAAGGUGGCCAUCCUGAGCCAGCUGUACCAUGAGAAGCCUCUGGUGUUCCUGGAGCGCUUCUGCACAGGCCUCCGGGAGGAGCACCUGGCCUGCUUUGGCCACCUGCGUGGCGACCAUCGUGCCGACUUCUACUGUGCUGAAGUGGCUCGGCAGGGCACUGCCCAGCCACGUGCUCUACGCACUCGCCUGAGAAACCGGCGCUAUGCUGCCCUGCGUGAGCUCAUCCAAGGGGGUGAGUACUUCAGUGAUGAGCAGAUGCGGUUCCGGGCCCCCCUGCUGUAUGAGCAGUAUAUCGGGCAGUACCUCACCCAGGAGGAGCUCAGCACUCGGACACCGGUCCCUCAGCCCCCCAGACCUGGCUCCCCCAGCAAUCCCACCUGCCCACUCUCCGACCUACUGCUCCAGUCCUACCAAGAGCGGGAGCUGCAGCAGCGGCUGCUACAGCAGCAGGAGGAGGAAGAAGCCUGCUUGGAAGAGGAGGAAGAAGAGGAGGACAGUGAUGAGGAAGACCAGGAGUCCAGCAAAGAUUCAGAGGCCUGCGUGCCCGACUCAGAGGAGAAGCUGAUCCUUCGGGAGGAGUUCACCAGCCGGAUGCACCAGCGCUUCCUAGACGGCAAGGAUGGAGACUUUGACUACAGCACAGUGGACAACAACCCCGACUUCGACAACCUCGAUAUCGUGGCACGGGAUGAAGAGGAGAGGUACUUUGAUGAAGAGGAACCAGAGGAUGCACCCAGCCCAGAGCUGGACAGGGACUGAUGGCUGCCACCCCUGUAGCCACCCACCCCCACCCCAACAAGCAGCUGAUUACAGGCCAGCUCGAUGACUCUUCUCUGGGGGAUAUCAGGGCUCUGCAUGCACACAUGUCCCACUAGCCUCCCUGGGUCUCAUCAGACAGUACCACUACCUGUUUACAAGGCCUCCCCCCUUUCUCUGUACCUCACUCUGUCACCCACUUCUGUUUUUUUCUUGCUGUCUUUCUGGGUUUCUUUCUCUGUCUCACUGACUCCUUUUCCCUCUUUCCUGGUCUCUGGCUACUAUCUCUGCUCCCCAACCACCCCCUGCCCCAUCCUGGGCUCUGUCCCCGUAGCAGGUCCAGGAUGAAUGUGCCCUCCUUGACCAAGGCCAGCCAGUGGGGCCUGUCAUGGCUAGAACUGGCCAGUUGAGGUCAGGGUAGCUGUAUCUGGGACCCAGCACAGCUCUCCCCUUGCUCACAGCUCUUCCCUUGCUCCAGGCUCUUAUGUCUGUGCCACUUUCCUGCACUCAACACCACCAUCCUUGUGUUGUGUUCCUAUCUCGCCUUCUACCUUGUUCUCCGGGCCAGUUCUUUCUGCCUGUACAUUUCCAUUCCUCUCCCAGCUGUCUUUGUCCCUCUGUCUGUCUCAGCUUUAUCUCUGGGUUUCAGUCUCCCUCCCCAUGCCUGGCUGCUGUGGGUAGCAGAACCCUGACUGCUGAGUAAUGCAGCCUUACUGCAAGCAAGGGUACCCAGGAGGGCUGGGCAGAGCAGAACUGGGGAUCAUGGGACCUGCCAGCUUAAGUGUGGGCAGGGGUAGGGGGAGGCUCUCCUCCACCAGCCCCACCUUGAAGACAGUUUUCCCUUCCUUCACUUCCUUUGCCUCCUUCCCUCUCCCUCUCCUGUUUACACUCCCCAAAUGUGCACAGGCUGUUAUCAUGGGUCCUGAGUCAUCCCCCACACAGGCUGCCCUAGCAUCCCUGCCCCAGCCAGCCACAGGACCCGCCCCACCAAGCCCCCUGCCGCCCCACACUAAUGGGAGCCAGAUGGCUGCCUGUGACUCAGCCAUGGCCUGUGGGAACCCAGGCAUCCCACCUUCCCAUGCCCCGCACCCAGCCCCUGUUCCCCCAGCAGACACCAAGAAAGACUGGCCGCUCUAAGAAGGGGAGGGCAGGGGGAGCUGCAGGCCAGGGGUUGGCAAGGGGCUCUGGAACCCCUCAGUUCUGUGAGACAGUGGCAUCCUGCCCUGACCAUCCCUGAAGGACAUUCAAAAUCCUCUCCUGACUCCAGGCCUGGACUCUGCCCUCAGUCAGCCAGGAUCAAAACCAGACAUGCAAGUGAAAGCUAAAAUGAGACAGAGGGCUGUGCAGCUGGAGGGAUUACUACACAGUGAAAGCUUUAGCUGCAGAGUAGUUUGGUCCUGUGCUAGCCCUGAGAGACUUGCCUGACACCAUGAGGAAACUUCUAUAAAGAGCUCUUCAGCCAGAGGCUAUCUGAUGGUAUAAGAGGCCCAGACCCUCCCAAGGACCUGCUUCCUAAGGCUCCUUGGCCUCAGGAAGAGCUGGAGUGGGAACCAAGUGCUAGAAACCUUUCUGCAAGCCUGCCUGUCCAAUGUCAACUGGGCAAAGGUGGAGGGACACAGACUGAGAUGGGAGGAUUUAAGAGGAAGCAGAUACAUAGGAGGACAGCUAAUGGAACGCCAGACACUGCCCUGGCAGACGGGACCAAGCCAUCCUCCUAUAAGUCUGGUUGGAUUGCUGGGAAAGAUGCUUUUGGUACCACUGACUCCAUGUCCCAAAGCAGGACACAGCCAGGAGGCUGAAGACAGUCCAGCUGAACUCCAGACCCCAAAAGGUCACACCAUGUGGACAGACGAGAACUCUAGUAUUGAGGACAUUUGCCUCAGGUACUCAUGUUUGUGUCCUCAACACUCAUGGCAACAGGUAUCAGUUAUCCGUGAUUCCCACUUUUUUUUUGGUACCGGGAAUCGAACUCGGACCUUGUGCUUGCACAGCAGGCUAAAUCCUCGGCCCCAGUGAUUCCCACUUUUGACCAGUCUUUGAUUCGAUCAUUAAAUUUGUUUAUGAUAUACUUUUCGAUACAUAAAUUUGGUUAUGCAACUUUUUUAAAGAGAGAUGAGAGGCACAGCAAUUGAGUCAGAAUCAGGGUUAGUCAGAUGGUCGAGACGGAGUGUCUGCAGCUGAGAGACAGAGGUGGAGCCCGCCACAGGGACAGGGAUUAGAUGAGGAGACAGGAAGAGAGGCGGAGACAGACGAUCAGGCAGGGACUGGAGAGACACACCCCCUGCUCACAGGCUCCACAGCGGUUGCCUCUCCCUAUGCUCCCAGUUCUGGGGAUGGGGUGGGUGGAGAGGCUGAAUCAGGGAGGGAAGGCCCAGCUGAGAGAGCGCCCCUCUGUGGGCAUCUGGCCCUCACCCCCAUGCCUCCUUUGUCGUGGCCUUGGCAGCGCUCUGCUGGCCGCCACCCCACCCCCCUUGUCCCACACCUCUGUGCAUCCUGCCAGAGCUGGAGCUUACGCCCUCCUCCCUCAGCUCCUGUCUCUGCUGAGGUCUCUGCCUAUCCCUCACUGUCUUGCUUCUCCCCAUUUCCUUUUGUUCCUCUGCCUCUGCGCCAUGUUCUCAUUCUGUCUCCACCAUCUCUACCUAUCAGUAAGUACUCCAUUUAUCUGCCUGCUCCCAAGCCCUCCUCUCUUCCCCUCACUUUCCCUGCACCUCUCCCUGCUCUCCCUACUCUCCCUACUCUCACUCCUCUCACUCUUCUCUCCCUUGUCAUUUCUUGCCUCUGAGCUUCUGCCACUGUCUCAAUAAACCUGUUUCCCCAUCCCACUCUCCCUCCUCCCCUUGCUUCAGCCCUCAUUUUCUCCUGUCCUCCCUGCCACCAUCUCUGUCUGUCUCCCAGACUAGGGGAAGCCCGUCUGGGACAUCCAGCUCAGAGCUCCACUGGUGGCCCCUGGGAGCCCAGAAUAAGGGGUCACUGCCUCACCCCCACCAGGGAGGGGACAAGACUGUGGGCCUGUCUGGCCAGAAGGAAAUGUCUGUGCUGUGGCCUGGUCACGCCCACCCCCAGGACCUGCUGGGCUGCUGCCGCCCCCAGCCUGGGGCCGAGUAAACACAGCCACUGGCAGCCUGGGGAUAUUUAUACCGAGGCCAGGCGCAGGGCCAGUGCCCACCACAGCCCCUGCCCUGCCCUGCCCGCUGCCACAGCCAGCCCCGAGCCAGCGUGGCACCAGGCAGCAAAGGAUACCACAGACACAGCCUCUACUCACUCAGCACAGAAACCAGAAGGCACAUGAGGUUCCCUUUCCCUGAAGAUACCAGCACACAAUGCAGCCCCACACCUACCUCCAGUGCCCUCAAAGACGACCCACAUAGUUCUUUACACACUGAAGUCAGCAGGCCACAGGUGGGGACAUCAAUGCAGACUUCUGCUCGCAGACACCCACACGGGAUGAGAACACCGGUCCCUGGGAUGGACAGACACAGGCCACACCUAGAAGUACAGCCACAUACACAGAGACACUGGGAGAGCCGAAGUGGGCAUGGUGGAGACACACCACAGACACGCCAUCUGGGAACAAAAGUGCUAAGCACACCGGCAGUGCACACUGAUCACAAAAUGUAACCCAGUGCUGGGGGUGCAGCUUAGUGCCAUAGUGCUUGCCUAGCCUGUGACGCCCUGGUUCAAUCCGAGCACCACCCCAGCCCCAAAAUAACCCAGAAACAACUCACCCACACACAAACUGUCAACUAUCACACAUGUGCGCUAAAAACAGCUCAUGUGUAAGAAACAAAAUACACAACACCUCCUGGAAAACAUCUUUCCCACACACACCCAUAAACUUGCAGAAAACACUCAAAUUUCAAACCAAAUU